CUCUCACGCUGUUUCAACAAUCAUGUCCACCUGAAGGGUAUACAAAAUCAUAGAGAGUUCUCAAACACAAUUUCUUUGAUCCAACGCGGGAUACUUAGCACCUCGGAAAUCAUUGUCUACGUCUCAGAUUCCCCACGUUCCCAUCUGAUCGGCAAUGUCAGCCAGAAUAUUCCAAUAUAUAUCUCGGGUGAGGCUUCCUAUGGGGCUUCCCAGAUGUGCAGAUUCCAUCAGAUACUAUGCCAAGGCAAGUACAAUGAUUGACAGAACCUAUGACUCCGAGUUGGACGGGUUUGAGGCCCUUUCAGAUGUUAAGACAUUUUCCCAAGAAGAUGACCAGGGAACCAACGAGUACAAGCAAUUGCCGGAUGACUGCCAGUACAUCACCCAGCACAGGGAACAAUUGAUCCGGUUCCGCAAGUUUUUACAAGACAGACACGCUGAAAAGCGUGCGUUUCAAAGUUAUACCGCCAACGAGCUUUCUGGACAGUUGGAAGACUUCAUGUCGCAGGUAGAGAAGGAGAGAGCGUCUCAGACGGGAUUUCUGGCAGACAAGGCCACGGCUCUGCUCUUGGACCAGGAAUUGAAGGCGUUCCAAAAAAUGGACCGCGGAAUCAGAAAGACGUUGCAUUUGAAUAACGGAUACACUCAUGUUUUCGACGCCAUUUUGACCAACUUUGAGGUUUUUGACACGAUGGAGCGGAACUUGCAAGAGAAAAAAACAUCCCUUAAGGAUACACGACAUAAACACAACCUCCGCCUGGAGUAUAAGAAGAUCCCCGAGGAUGCAUCCUACUUGCAGGCCUAUCUCCACGAGUUGAAGUUGUUUAGGGCAUUUCUCGGCCAUGAGUUUGCUGCCUCGUCCAAAGCUGGGAUCCUAGACGCACUAAACUCUCUAUUGAGUAACAUGAACCAAACGUCAAAGUAUGCUACUGACGAUAAGAAACUGCACAGGUUUGCGAAGAUGGCCUGGGGCGUGAGAUACAUUCUUAACACCUGCAAUGAUCCGUGUGCCUUGGAUGUGGCUUUGAAAAACUUUGACGUAUUCGACAAGACUAACCACACGAUACAAAAACGCCAUGCCGCAAGAUUUUUGGCCAACUCAGAAGGGGUACAGCUUAAUGAACCAAAGGAGAGUGCGCCCAUCAUCGAGGAGGCUCCAGAGGAUGGUCUUGAAAAGAGCACUAUCAAAGCAAAACUGAGCAAACUACUUUUAGAUUCGUUAUUAAGCGAGUCUAAACCUCUGGAGAAAAAUUUGGCAGCCAUCUUGGAAAAGCGAUUGCACAUGCCCAGUUCUUCCGCCUGCGUUGAAUCCCAAGUACAGACCAGCGAGACGCCAGAGAACUUGGACAACCUUACGGCUGAACAGAUUCGAAAGAACUACAAAUACAACUUGUCAAAGAAGGUCCCCCCGCAUGUGGUGCCUGUUCACAGCAAACCCGACCUGGGAAAAUUGGAGGGGUUUUUGAGACAAGUAAAGCAGGUGAAGGAUAAUGAUAGAGAAACAAUCUUCCGCCACAAAAAGACCUACGAAUGGAUUUCCGCACGAAAUUGCAGGGACCCCAGAUCUCCCAAACUGAACUUUUUGGAGCCAAACGCGAUAUACAAGGAGCACGUUGCAGAUGCGUUCCGCCGCGCUCGCGGGGUGUCAGAAUCCGACUUAUUCUUCCCGAAGGUUGAAGGCACGAGAAACACCGGUACCAACUUUGUUGAGAGCGCUCUUACGAGAGAAUACUUGUUGCUAGCCAAUAAUGGGGCGACAAUUCUCUCGGCAGAUAAUCCGCUAGGAAAGGACCACACCGCUGAAGAUAUGUUUUCUAUUUUUUCCCGAAUUGAUUUUCCCGAAAAGUAUUUAAGGCACAUUGCAAAGUUACAAGCCCAGAACUGGAAGUUGAUCGGAGGUGGAGGGCCAAAACUGCUACUUGUGUUUGAAAGACCAGCAUCGAAGUUUAAGGACAAGGUGGGCGGAAACUCGUGGGUUGGGUUGAGAAAUGGAUUGGCUUUGGUGGGGACUGUCAUUGUAGGAGUGGUGGGAUUUAACCACUACGGUUUUACCGCCAAGGUUGAUGAAACUGCGGAUUUGAAUUAAACCCCAGGAGCUACUUGUGUAUAGACAAUUUAGGCUAGAUGCCAACUCUUGAUAUAACUGUGAAUGCAAAAUAACCCAACCGGUAUCCUUGGACGGCGGUUUUGAAUUUCCAGGAAGAAAUAAAUAUAGUGAGC